UAUCUUCCGUGGCUUAUAGACGUACUUUUUUUACUACCAGAAUACAGUAUAGAAAAAAAAAAGUUUAUAGCUUAAUUUAGUGGUUGGAAAGAUAAUGAAAUCAAUCCAUUGAAUAUUUUGUGAUAAUAAUUAUUUCUGUGUGUAAAUAUAUUAAGGAAAUAAAUAAUUUGUGUGUUAUAAAAGGAGCAAUAAAUUGAGAAAAUGGGACCAGUGGAGCAGCAAGAGCCGUCAAACGAAUGUCUACUUCGUAUUCAAAAUGAAAUAAGUGAGGUUGAAAAACGAGAAUUAGAAUUACGGAAUGAGCAUGCAUUGAUUUCGCCGUCUUCGCCAACAACUAAUGGAACUGUAACAUUUGAUGUUGAUGAUGAUCCAUUACCAGCUGAUGUAAUUGACGUAAGACCAACAUCGCCACAAAAUAUAUGCAGUAAAGAUCAUUUUAAGAAGAACAAGAUCAUUGAGCCUCAACCAAAGCCUCAGAUGCAUCAAUUACUUACAGCGCCACCAUUAUCGAGAGCACUUUCCCAACCACAACUUUUCAACAUUUCUCCAGUCAAGAUUAGUUCACCUCAUAAAGGAAUUAUGCAAAAAUUUAUUGCCUCACGAGGUAAAUUGAAUGUUGGUCAAGUCAAUCAACCAGCACCGACUAAUAAUUUCAAGAAAAAUUUGAUUAUGGCACCAAUUGAAUUUAAUAGUGACAGCAUCAAAGCAUUUCAGAAUUUUGAAAAGGCACUAAUUGAACGUGAUAAGAAAGGAAAACCAAUUAGACGCGGCUAUGUACCAGUAGAAGAGAAAAUUCAGACCGAAUUGAGAGAUUUAAAGAAUCGUGAAACGGAAUUAAAGCGUUUACAUAAAAUUAAUGUACGCGAUUUCGACGAUGAAAUUACACCAGAUGAAAUUGAUAGCAGCGACUGGAGUCCAAUUAAUGGAAAAUUAUCAAAAUCAAUUGAUGCACUUAACAGUCAUUCUAGUCCAUCUCCGACAAUUGAAUCAUCAAAGCCAAUUCCUACGCCUAGGAACACUGCAAUUCGUCCGGCUGUAAGCUUAGCAACAUUGAUCAAUUUAGAGCCGGAAAUGGAAGCGCCUUCUUCUCAUAAAUUAAUUGAACGAUGGGAACAUAUUAUUCAAGAGAAUCAACAAAGAGAAAGGUCCUAUAAUAUUAACUGAAGAUUCAAAUAUAUAUAGCAAAAUACUUUUGUUUAUUUCUUUUGUGUCUUUUUGUUUGUUGUUUAUUCCCAUCAAAUCUAUUUAUUCAUUAAAAAAAAAAAGAAUGAUAUAAUAAAGUUUUCAUAAUAUAUGGUUAUAAUUAUUAACAUUAUUAUUAUUUACGCUCAAAAAUGUCAAUUCAUUUUUUAUUACUUUUUCGCAUUAGAAAAGGUCUUAAAAUAGUU